AUGCAAAGCGCGGUGACGUUUUCUAGCUGCAGAGGUGUUUCCUUCGAGAUCAAACCUCAUGCAGAUCCAUUUGCCAUCACAACAUCAGCUGAAGAUGAGCGCCGCGUCAGCAAGAGAUUCUGGCCUUUAUUGAAUCAAACCAACUCCUCCGAAGUGUUCCCUACUUCUGUAAUAAACUCUAUAAGCGGAGACUGCAGUAGCCACCUCUGUGAUCUUGACCUUGAUCAUCUAAAUGUCCGUGAUGGUAAUGCUGAAUAUGAUGCCGCUUUGGAGAUAUUAGAAGCAGGGAAUAACAAGGAGAAAGACCACAACCCAACCUUUCCGUCAUCCGGUUGUAUACUUGAGCAGCCAUCAGAAGCUGUACGUAAGAAAAAAUCAAGGUUGUCGAUUAUAUUGCUGGAUCAAGUUUUGUUCACGGUUUACAAGCACCUCUUUGCAGUUUGCUUGAUCCUCAACAGUAGUUUGUUGGUUCUUGCUGCUAUGGGUCAUUUCCCAUAUGCCAAAAAUAGGGCUGCCCUAUUUUCCAUUGUAAAUAUUCUUGUUUUGACACUAUGCAGAAGCGAAGCCUUCUUGCGAAUUAUCUUUGGGCUCGUAGUUAAAAUAUUUGGAAGGUCUUGGGUGCCUCUACCUAUCAAAAUCGUUACCACUUCUCUUCUUCAAAGUCUUGGUGGUAUACAUAGUGGUUGCGGAAUUUCUUCAAUUUCUUGGCUGAUGUAGGCCUUGGUUCUUACACUUAAAAACAGAGAAAACACUUCUCCAGAGAUCAUAGGCGUUGUCUCUGCUAUUUUUUCUCUUCUCUGUCUCUCCUGUCUCCUGUGGGAAUUUGUUAUCCUUACAAUCUCUUAUGACCCGAAAACCAGAUCCUACACAAAUGAACUUGGUUCAAGGCUUAUAAAACAACAAGAAUUCUGGUUCACCGCAGCCAUCACAGUACUAAUUAUCAUCCCAUGGUUGACAGUGAGGCGCGUACCCGUUAAGGUCUCUGCUCCUUCAGGUCAUGCCUCUAUCAUUAAGUUCGAGGGGGGAGUCAACGCCGGUAUGUUGGGAAGGAUUAGUCCAUCCCCAUUAUCCGAGUGGCAUGCUUUUGGUAUUAUUUCUGAUGGGAAAACAGAACACAUGAUGCUCGCCGGUGCUGUUGGUGACUUCACGAAGUCUUUAGUUUCAAAACCGCCAAGCCACUUGUGGGUUCGACAGGUGCACUUUGCCGGUCUGCCUCAUCUCAUUAACAUGUACGACAGGGUUCUGUUAGUUGCUACAGGUUCUGGGAUUUGCCUGCUCGUCAUUCCUGUUGCAGCCAUUGCUCGUCCAAAUGUGUCUCAAAUGAGCGUCGAUGCUGCUAAAAGAUGGGGAGCUGAAGUAGUGAUUGUUACAAGCAACCCUGAAGGAAGCAGAGACGUUGUAAAUGCGUGCAAGUCAGCAGGAAUUGCAGCUUUCGGUCCCAUUUGGGACUCUUAA